GUUUGUUACACUUGGCCAUUGCAAAAUGGAAAGUCAUUUUCUCAGGAUCAGAUGAAUGGAUUUUAUUGUAUCGAUGAAUACUUUUGGUCGUGUGUUAAAAUGUUAGCUAGAAAAGGAUGUCAAGCUCCUCAUACAUUCAAAAGGACAUUUUUGAAAGCCUUGUUGAUAUAUCACUUAAUGAAAUGUUGUGCAAGUUACGAUGAAGAAUUUUGUGAAGCCUCUCGCGCUACAAUGAAAAAAGUGGCAUCAUGUCCAGACAAUAAAACAAUGUGGGAUGCAGAAGCAUUGAAGAAAAACUGUUCUUCUGUCUCACAUAAGUGCUCGCAAGAUCUUUUAUACCACUGUUUAAAUAAUCCUUGGCAAAACAGUACCAUCGAGGUGUGUGCACCUCAAACAGUUAUAGGCUAUGGUAAUUGUGCCGAGUACAACUAUGAAGGGGGAAGAGUGCAGGAUUCAUUUAACGCAAAACAUUGCUCCUCUUGUCACAGUGAUUAUUGGUCUACAGAUGCCUAUAAAUAUGCCGAAUGUUAUGUUUUAAAACGCCCCACAACCAUUGUUUAUAUAAGGUACACUACAAUGAGUUACUUUCAAAUCGUGAACGGAGCAGCAUUUGAACUACCCAAUCCAAUGAUAUGGGUUGUCCCUUACUUUUUUCUGAAUCUGCAGUUAUCGGAAGUACUUUAAUAAAACCUGAUCAUGAAGGAAUAAAACUAACAUCGAAAAAAAAAAUCGAAAUAUAUUCAAUGCAAAUUAAAAUAAAAUGGUGACAUUUAAAUCUCGACGUAGAUUCAAUCCACAAUAACACGAACAAAGGAUUUUUUAAAAAAGGAAAGUUAUUGACAAACAAGUUCAUGAAGCAACAAUAUCUAUUGAACAGUCGUCAUUUUUCGAAUUUUGAUUAACCCUUUUGCAAACCAUGACAAUAAGCAGAUGGCGGGUGUGACCGCUCCACAGGGAAUGGUCACUCAUCCUUGGUAUCUAUCCAUUUCAGAUGUUUUAGAGGUCCUUGUUUGUUCUUCGUUUGAUUUGCAUUGUUUAAAUGUCUUUUACAGCUUGAUUACUGUUUUUUAUUCCAUAUUUCAUUCCAUUGAAC